AUGUACUUACAUAUAUAUAGGGGUGCUUCUCAAGAAAGCAACACAGUUCUUCGAAGAACGUCCUUAGGUAAAAAAAUGAUACGAUUUAUUAUAUUUGGUAUAUUAAUUGUUUUGUCGACGGGUCAGUUCCAACCUUCGGGGAGAAUUUUAGAACCACCAAUUCCUGCCCUUUGUGCACAAAGAGUUAUUCAUGAACGUUUUAAUGGCAAGGGUUACUACUAUUCAUGGGCUGAUCCAAGAACAAAUGGGCAAGAACUUGAUUGGUUAUCAGGCAGAAAUUUCUGCAGACAAAGGUGUAUGGAUCUAGUUUCUUUGGAAACUUCAGUGGAAAAUGAAUUCAUUAAGAGUCGCAUUGUUCAAAAUAAUGUGAAAUAUAUUUGGACAUCUGGUCGGCUUUGUGAUUUCAAAGGAUGUGAUAGACCUGAUCUGCAACCUCUCCAUAUUAAUGGUUGGUUCUGGACUGCAGAGUUGCAAAAACUUGCACCUUCCAAUGAUCGCUCUCAGAAUGAUUGGUCUGAAAGUGGAGGUAUUGGAAAACCUCAACCCGAUAAUCGUGAAGCUAUACAACAAGGAGGUGCACCAGAAAAUUGCUUGGCAGUACUAAAUGAAUUUUAUAAAGAUGGAGUAAAUUGGCAUGAUGUUGCUUGCCAUCAUAAUAAACCAUGGGUGUGUGAAGAUAAUGAUUCUUUAUUGAGAUAUGUCCGUUUUAGCAAUCCUAAUAUUCGUAUUUAA